AUGCUUGCAUGUGCUGAUCAGAUGAUUCUCAGCGUGUUAAGAACGUGGAUUAUGAGCCUCGUCGGCGUUAUAUGGAGUAGUUAUCGGCACACCUCCAACGGAGAGGCUGCAUAUAUCAAAGAUAACCUUGUACCCCAUAAGCAAGUCACGCGCCCUUCCCCAGCCCAAAAGUACGGGGUGCCGGCCAUGAUUCCAGCGUUGACAAUUUAA